ACUCUCGGUCGACGAGCAGCGACAUCCGUGUCUUCUGUCGUCUGGUGGUGUAAGUCCUUUACGGCGAAACUCGCGUAAAAAUGAACGUGAUCACGAAGUCCUCGAGCAUCGCCCCCUUCGCGAAAGCUGCGAUCAAUGUCAUCUCAACGGGUGUCAAGCCUGUCCGCUCCAACAGCAAGAUCUCCAGGAAGAAGAUCACCUUGCCCAGUCCCAUCCAACGGACCCUCAACUACACUCUCAGCCAAGACCUACACCUCAACGGGGCUAUACGCGUGAGCUCGGGAAUCGCGGUGAGCUCCCAAAUUACACAACAGAGGUUAGCACACACUGACAUCCGAGUGCCAGACUUCAAUGAGUACCGUAAAGAUGAGGUCAAAAAUCCAUCUGUCAGGUCCCGUGAAUCGGCUCCAUCACGUCAAGCAGUUUCAUACGUCGUAGCAGCAAGUGCUGGAGUUAUUGGUGCAUACACGGCCAAGUCGUUUGUAAUUGACCUUCUUUCCACCAUGGCUGCAUCCGCUGAUGUUUUGGCCAUGGCUAAGAUUGAAGUAAAGCUUGAUGCUAUUCCUGAGGGAAAGAGCGUUGUCUUUAAAUGGCGUGGAAAGCCACUGUUUAUUCGUCACAGGACUGCAGCUGAGAUUGAGAGAGAAAACGCUGUUGACGUUGCCAGUCUUCGUGACCCCCAGAAGGAUACUGAUAGAGUACAGCAACCUGAAUGGUUGAUUGUUGUUGGAGUCUGCACCCACUUGGGCUGUGUACCAAUUGCAAACGCUGGUGAAUUUGGUGGUUACUACUGUCCAUGCCACGGUUCUCACUAUGAUGCUAGUGGAAGAAUUAGGAAAGGUCCAGCUCCUUUGAACCUUGAGGUUCCUGCCUAUGAAUUCCAAAACGACAUUGUCGUAGUUGGUUAAUUAUUAAACAGCUCCAAAGAGCAGUAGAGAAAUACCGAUUGGCAUGGAUUUUGAGAAGAGGCUUCGUUAUGAGGAAUAUUUGAUUUACAAUAUUUAUUAUGAAAAUUACUAGCUAGAAAAACAAAUUUGUAAAUCAAUGCAGCCUCAUUGAUCGGAAAGCAAUGCGAUUCUAUCAUCUAAUUGAAAAAAUAUUAAAGUUAUACAGCCUAUAGAAUAAAUGUUAAUGGAUUCGCAAAAAUCGACUACAAUACUUUAUUAUUUAAUUUUUGUUAAAAAAGAUGAUGAUAAAUCGAAAUAAUAAUCAUGAUUGGUAUAGAGCCAACUAAAAUAAA